ACCAACAAACGCACCGCCAACCAACUUCAGGGCUUUUAAUAUCUUCUAAAACUUCACUGUCCUAACUCGUAUUGUUCCAAUGGAGGAAGAGUCUAGCCAAGUUACAGCUGCAAAAGCCACCCGCAACAUGGAAGGGGAAGUAGAUGAAGAAGAAAGAGACCCAGAAAUCAACCCAGUAAACCAGUCACUUCUUAAGAGAAGCCGGACGCUUUCCUCCACUCCACUAGCCAUGGUUGGAGCAAAAGUUUCCUAUAUUGGGAGCUUGGAUUACGAGAUCAAUGAGAACGAUCUAUUCAAGCAUGACUGGAGGAGCAGAUCCAAUGUCCAAGUGUUGCAGUAUGUAUUCUUGAAGUGGACACUGGCAUUCCUUGUUGGACUUCUUACUUGUUUGAUUGCUACCCUCAUCAAUCUUGCAAUUGAGAACAUUGCUGGCUACAAGCUUCUUGCUGUUGUUCACAUGAUUCAGAAGAAAAGGUAUUUGAUGGGGUUCAUCUAUUUCACUGGGGCUAAUCUACUUUUGACUAUGGUAGCUGCUUUCCUGUGUGCAUGGUUUGCACCAACUGCAGCAGGGCCUAGAAUACCUGAAAUCAAAGCUUAUCUAAAUGGAAUUGACUCCCAACAUGUUUGGCGCUACAACAUUAAUUGUCAAGAUAAUUGGAAGCAUUGGAGCUGUCUCUGCUGGACUAGAUCCAGGAAAAGAAGGGCCCUUGGUACACAUUGGCGCCUGCUUUGCUUCUUUACUAGGCCAAGGAGGGCCUAGUAAUUACUGGCUUAAAUGGCAUUGGCUUCGCUACUUCAACAACGACAGGGCCCGCCGUGAUCUUGUAACCUGUGGUGCUUCAGAUGGAGUCUCUGCUGCUUUCAGAGCCCCAGUGGGAGGUGCACUCUUUGCUCUUGAAGAGGUUGCUACAUGGUGGAGGAGUGCUCUCUUGUGGAGGACAUUCUUCUGCAUGGCAGUUGUGGCGGUGGUGCUCAGGGCUUUUAUUCAGAUAUGCAACUCUGGGGAAUGUGGACUUUUUGGUACAGGAGGCCUUAUUAUGUUUGAUGUGAGCAAUGUUAUUGUUAGAUAUCAUGUGAUGGAUAUAUUCCCAGAGGUUGUAAUAGGAAUUAUUGGUGGAUUCUUAGGAGGCCUUUACAACUAUGUGCUUUACAAGGUGCUCAGACUCUGCAAUCUCAUAAAUCAGUAAGCAUCAUAUCCAAUUUAAUUCUUGUUACUAUAAUGCAGUCCGGUAAGUAGAGAGUGAAACUUGAGCUUAACGUGAGGUUAGAGAGAACCCAGACUCAAAAUAUUCAACC